CUUCACUCUGAGGAGUUUGGAUUCAGCACUCGAGACUCACUUGGACUUUGUCACUUUUUACGCACAAGGAUUGUUUUUGCGUUCCCAGCUGACUGAGUGUGGAAUCAUGCAGCUGUCAGUGCGUUGCUUCGUGGCUGUGUGCCUUUCUCUUUUGGGAUACCUUGGGGAAGUUUACGCAGGGACAGUUCUCAUGAACUCAAACGCCAUUAAGAACGUGCCCGGUGCUGUGGGUAAAGGAGGAGACACUGUCAGCCCCAGCCCGCGCACCUCACCAUCUCAAAGCGCAGGACACAAGUUUCACCAUGACAACAUACAGCACCCGGGAGUGUGUUUGGAGGAUGAGGACUGCAACGCUGAGGAGUUCUGUAACGAUGUCCGGGGCGCCUGUCUGCCCUGCCGUAAGAGCAGGAAGCGCUGCUCACGAGACUCCAUGUGCUGCGCUGGAAACCGCUGCAGCAACGGUGUUUGUCAGGCUAAUGAUAUAGACAGCACUGACCCCUCUCUCAUCCCCGGCUGGCACAAACACAAUAACACUUUGGAGCAUCACAGCAAAAAGCUGCCUGCUUCACACAGCCACCUGCCCAAUGCAGUUAAAGGUAUGGAGGGGGACACAUGCCUGCGCUCUGCAGACUGCUCUGAGGGACUGUGUUGUGCCCGACACUUCUGGUCUCGCAUCUGUAAGCCCGUGCUGACAGAGGGCCAGGUGUGCACACGUCACCGAAGAAAAGGCACCCACGGCCUGGAGCUGUUCCAGCGCUGCGACUGUGGAGACGGCCUGGCCUGUAAGCCCGAGAAAGGAGAGCGGGAGCACGGAGUCAGCAGGACAGCAGCCCGGAACCUACACACCUGCCAGAGACGCUGAUCCCUACUCCACACAGCCCAUACAAGCAGUCAGACACUGGUGGAUAGCUUUCAGCCAGAGAUGCUGACACACAGACACCCAACACCUAAGACAUCCUUUCCGGCCAAGCUGCUGACAAACAGCAGCCGGAAGGGGAGACAUGAUUCCGGAGAAAGGCGAUACACCCAGAGGGAUGCGGAAGUGUAGGAUGGACUGAUCCUGUGGCACCAAACAAACCAGAGGAAAAGGAAGUUGGAGAGUGACAUUAGGAACUCUCUGAAGAUCAAUUUAUGUCGUUAGAAAUGGCAGUGCUGUUUUGUUUCUCUUUUGUGGAACUUCAAGCCUCAGUUAUUGCAGUAAAUUACUGUGUUGUAAAUAUGUUGGAGGUGGCACUUAAUUGGAAUAUAGAAUUUUGUCAACACCAGUAUUAUUUAGACAUGGUGCUGCAUGGUUCGUUCUCAGCAUUGUAAAUGUGUACACAGCAUAAUGUUAUAUACUUUGUAAAUUACUAUAUUUUUAAUUUACUUGUAUAGAAAAUGUGAAUAUAUUGUUUUAUUAAACAACACCCUGAACA